AGCGUCGCCCACAUGAGUGCGAUCGUCGCUGUAUUGACCAACCCGAGCCUCAUGCAGGGGCUCACGGCCUACCAAGAUGGUGUCGCUCGGCACCUCUCGCGCAUCUGCCACCGCUACCACAAGCAACUCGCUCGCUGGGCUCGGUUCCAGCGGCACGAUGGCCCGGCCGCUACGAUCUUAGCGUCCCCGGCGCGCUUUCGCUGCUACGUGCUCUUCCAGCUCAUCAAGCAUGGUCAAUUUGAAGAGGCACAUGAGCUCAUCGACGAGCUCGACGGAGAGGUCUUUGAGACGCCCGAGAAUGGCCACGCGCCGUACUUGUUUGCGCUCGACAAGGCGGCGGGCUGUGGCGACCUGGCGCUGGUUCAAUUUCUGAGCAAGCGCCGUCUCGGCCAGUGCACAUCAACGGCCAUGGAUGACGCGGCCGCGAAUGGGUACGUGGAUGUGGUGCGCUAUCUGGACGAGCACGAGACAGCAGGGUGCAGCUUUGUCGGCUUCUUGCUCGCAGAGCGCAAUGGGCACGCCGACGUCGCCGAGUACCUCAAGUCGCAUCGACCGCGCGACCAGCAUCGACCGCCACACACCGACUCGAAGCUUUUGUACAUGGUGCCCGUCGUGCUCGCGCCUGUGACCGUUGGCGUCAGUGUCGCUGUCGCGGCCUGCACGGUGCAGUAGCGAAUGUUUGUUGCAGUAUAGUAUUUAUUCCCCUUGUCCAUUUGCAUCAAGACAUUUCUAGUUUUAUC